AUGAAAUACAGUGAAUGUUUGAAAAGAAUAUCCAUAAAGACGACCAAAUAUUUCUGCGGAACGACCAAAGCAUUAACUGGUAAGUAGACUAUUGCGAAGUUCAUCUAAGUAUAAAUUAGUAUGGUUUAUGGGCCCAUUAUCCUAUCUUUUGAGGCCGUUGCUAGGGAAAAGUCGUCAAGGUAUAACUAACAUAACGACGCGUAUAUGUGACGAAAUUUGGACAGUGGUCCCUAAGUGACCUGUCGGUAAUGAUUGUGACGUCAUCAGGACACGCCUAUUGUCAUGUGACCCAAUAUGGAAAUUUGCAUUUUUACUGAAAACGUACCUUCCGACUCAAAUUAUUUAACAAAUAUUGAAUGAGGCUAAGUAUCAUCUGAAGAAUUAUGGAGAUCGACUUCAGAUGAUACGAAAGCCGAAUUCAAUAAUUGAUUUAUUAUUUAUUCCAAAUAAUGUGACGUUUAAAAUAGCUAAAAGAUGUCUACCUCCAUCGAUGUCAAGUUCAUCUUCGAUAGUGCAUGUUAAUCGGCAAGUUUAGGAGAUUAAGGGAUGUUCAGUUCCACAAACAUUCUCCAAAUAGCAGAUUCUCUCGCUGUUCUGGCUAUGUUUUUAGCAAAUAGCUCACCUAUUAAUUCCUCGUGAAACGAAUGAAAUGUUCCCCCAUUUUUUUACUCAUUACCAAACCAACUCAACCUCGUCCCCAGGUUUUCUCGGGUAACGGUUCGAUAAUCUGGCAGUUUUCUGCACGAUUGACGUUAUUUUUUCUCAUAUCGCAAAAUUCUUUCAAAUUUGGUCAACAAGAGCUGGUUGAGAAAUAUUUUGAAUGAAUAAUGUUUAUAUUAUUCACGCUCACGUCAAAGGCCAUUUUAUGUAUGCCCAUAAAUUAUAUUAGAAUAUAAUUAUAUCAAAUUCAAGCUAGAAUGUAUUAUUAGCGGAGCUCCACCCGCGCGCGAAGCGCGCGCGUGGACGGAGCCCCAUAGCUAAGGAAAUGUGGUAAUCUACCCAUCCGAGAAAAUUUGGUAAUCACGUGACCAUACGCCCGACCGUCCGUCCACACCACAGGGAAACCAAUGUUUACUCUCACACUUUCUAGCUAGUUUGGUAGCCCAAUAGAAAACUAAUUGCACAUCAAUGUUGUGAUCAGCUGUCAAAACAGGAUAUCCGCUGACCAGUAUCACCUGACCGUAGCGCGGGCUCAAGUGUCGACCCAUCGAGGUCGAGUAUCUUUUUGAAGUUAUCCGCUGACAAGUUACUAGUUUUCAAAUGAUUGCAGGCUCAAGUUUAAUUUUUCAAUUCAUAUGAAUUAUGUUGUGUUUAUGUCACUAUGGCCUCGCACUGUCAAGAUUUUGAUUUCAAACUGACCUUGGACGUGAAAAAUCAGCCACUUUUUUAAAAAUAAAGGCGGGGAAGACCUUUUCUUACCAUGGUCACGCGUUGGUCACGCUCUACGUCCAAUUUUUGUACUCUGAUUGGUCAAAAUUUGACAGGUGAGUUCAUGCUAAAAAUUUAUGCAGCAUCUUGAAAGUUGUUUACUUUGACAGCUAAAGCGGACAGAGUUUUGUGUCAACUUGUGAUGUUUUUAACUGUCUUUUUCCACUGGAUGUACAAAAUGAAAUGUAGCUGCUAGCAAGAGUCUUCUGUUAUCCAUGGCUGGUUUGUUUAUUGGGUUUUUCGCUUGUCAAAAUUGGGUAAUCCGAUUUCGGAUGGCAUCGUUUUCGUCUUUCACCUUGCUCAAAGCGUAAGAGGGUUUAAAAGUCUCAAGCAACUAUGGCCUUCCUUGAUAUCUUUCUAUCAGGAACUGAAUCUCGAAUGGUAAGCCUGAGUAAUUAUUGUAUUUGAUGUUUGUUUUUGUUAUAUCUAAUUUCAUGAAGUCGAGCACAGUUUAUGCGGCAAGUUUUUGCACGUUUGUUAAAGAUUUGAGUCAAUGAUCUGAUCUAGUAUCAGGUUUGAUAUAAGCUUACAGAACUUUAAAAGGCCUUCAGAUAUAUUUUCUCAGGGCAUAUAGAAAAAAAACAAAUAUUUAGUUAUAAAUUUGGCUGUAGAAAGAAAACUUUGAGUGAUUUUCUUGCUGAAAGUAAAACAAAAUAAACUUAAGCUUAAGCUUUAAGCUUAAACACUCAGCAUUUUUAGAGACACUUUAAUACUUGUCUUUGUGAAUGAAAAUUGUUGUCUCUGUAAGUGUUUUACCAAAUUAUAUUUCUUUUAUUGAUUGUUAGUAGUCUUUCUUGCAAUUUUAAUCGCUUGUACGUGGUGUUUGUUUUCAUCGUUCAUGAACAUCGCUUGCAGGAGUACUUAGAAAUGUCGCGCGUAUCAAACGCUUUAUAAGAUUACACAUCGUUAUCACUGGAACCAUUAAAUAACAAAAAAUAAUGAUAAUAAAUUCGUUAUAUGUUGAAGCGUAUCUCCAUUAAAGUUCAUUCAAACACUCGACCACACUGACAGCUCGCACUAAAAAUGAGAGCCGGCUGGACGUAUGGGUGAUUUUGGAAAUUUUUUGAACAGUUUCGCUAAAAGCCCACGAUUGAUCGUCCGGCCUGAACAUUUAAAAAUUGUGAAAUGCCGUAUUCUGUCCGAGGUCUGUAUGAUAAAAAGUACUGUUUCACCUCAGAUGUGAUGUAUAAAAAGUAUAAAAGGUUGGUUUACACAGAAAAAUGCGGCCUGAUUUGUUUUCCAAGAAUUUAUUUUCGAGGCCUAAUCUACUGUGAUCAAGAGCCAUUAUGGCUCUUGAAUGUGAUAGAAGAUGUUUGCUAUUUUUUGGGUGCACAUACAUGUAUAUUUAGGCUAUCAACUCGAUGCAUAUGUAAGAUGUUUCACUCUAAAAUAACUUAUCCUUUCCCUCAAAAGUCACAUGAAUGUGCCCUUAAGUUAACUAUUUUGUGGAUUACAAGUUUAUUGUUUGAUAUAAAAUAUAAAUUUAUUAAUGGGAGCUUCGCUUUUAGCCCUGGCUAAAUCUAUAUAUUAGCGGUGAAGAUUACACUUGGCAUAUAAUAAUUACGCAGAACUAGCAGAGCGAUCUCUUCGCAAGCUCGUAGCGGUACCAAUGCAAUUUUCUUAAAUUAUACAAGUUUUCCAAAAAAGCAAGUAAACAUUACUUGCAAUGCUGGCAUAAAUUAACAAUUCAAUUUACCCUAAUUUAUGUUCAAUGAAAUCCUCCUGUUCUGAAUGAAAAAGAAACGAAAAGGUGUCAGUCUUGACAAGCCUUAGUGCAAGGAAUCAAAACAACAUGUAAUAUAGAAAAAUAAACUGUAAAACCUAAAUGUAACCUCGUGGGCAUAAUCAGUCAAUCAACUAAAAAUCUAUGAUUGUUAUGUAAUUAAAUUAAAGAGCAAAAGCUUUCAAGUUGACCAUUUGGCGAAAAUACUAUAAAGCUCAAUAUGCUUCACUUUCGCAAACAGCAGAAGACUUUUCUCUAGACAAUCAAGCCGGUUUAUAAUUAUACCCUUCUGUUAUUCUUUCACUGGAAUUAUUCAGUAAAAUUCCCCCACGGCUGGCUGUCCAAAAACGCUCGAAAUACGAAAACCGGAAGUAAAUUUCCACUUGCAUAGUAACCGGGUUACCUAGCAACAACAUAGGAUAACUGGGAUCCUCAAUAUCAUUUUGCGAAAGAGUUCUUCUUGAAUCAAGAAAGCGUAGCUAUUUUCACCGUCUGGAGCAAACGAAUUCACACAAUUGCGUGGCCGAGUGGCCAACAGGGCUUAUUUGAAAUGGGGGAAGCUUGCAUGGCCGAGUGUGGUUAGUGAGUCGAACUGUCAAUCCGAAAUAUCGGAUUUGAGCCCUUCUCUGACCACUCGUCGGAUUUGCAUUGCUUCUCGGUAGUCUCUUAUUCUGCUCUUUGGCCAUUUUUAUACAUAGCCAACCGGUUUAUUUACUUAUGCUUUACUUUAAAACAAAGCACUUAUAUUUUCAUUUUCCCCAUUCCGAGUUAAAGGGGUUUAGGUCACGAGUAUAUUACCAUUUGAUAUCAGUUCUGUGUUAAAGUCAUUACUUGGUGCCUUUACCCAUACACAAAAUGCUCCUGUAGAUAUGAAACAAAUUUCAUCAGGGAACAAUAGUCAAAUAAUCUAAGUUUCAAUCCAUGUCCAUCCUUGCCAUUCAUUUCAACAGAAAAAAAGAUACAGUUUCAAUGCCUAAAUAUAGUUUUAAAUAACAAAACUAGACAAUUGUUUUUGAAAUCGGUUGAUGCUAAGACAAUUUAUUAUCCCUGUAAAUUCAUUGCUCCUGACGGUCAGGGCAAAAUGAAUCUCCUAUUGGAUGGAACCUUAGUCGGUUAUAGGGAUAUCUGCGGCAAUAACGCAGUCGUGCCUACUAAUAUACGUGGGUUCAGAAAGAUCAUUGGUGGCGUGAGGAAAAAGUUUCUUGCCUUAAUUGGAAACAAUAAAAUACUAACCAAAGCUGACGAGAGCAGCGACAAUUUUUUGUAAUGUUUUUUAUUCUCCCUUCGAGAAGCUUGAGGAGCCAUUAUGUUAACCUUGUUUCUGAUAUUUUCGUUGUAGUGGAAUCACCAUGUGCACAAAAUAGGCAAGGGAUCCAACCAACGUGUGAUAAACUGGUUCAGGGAACAAACGGACUUUGGUUAGCACCUUUGACUAAAUCAGAUUUUUGCCUUAAAGUUAAAGAAUGUUUUCACUCGGAAGUAAGGUGCUAUAAUACCUUUACGCUGUACUAUAACCUUCUCCGAUAUCAUGUGUUCCCACUCGAGAAUGGAACUACUCAUUUUCAAAUAACCUAUAAGAAGCUGUGCGGUCGGAAAAGCAAAUUCUUUACCAACGUUAUUCGGUGCGAGUCCAUUGCUACAAGCGGUGAGAGCGGUAAGCAUAUAUUUUGAAAUAAUAAAUUAAAAUGUCAGGGUAUUUAAUGCAAAGUACUAAUUAAGGAGAAUAUUUUACGGUACGCUCAUUUCCCGAGAUGGCACCACCAUUUCUACGUAGCCAAAUGCGCCGCCCGUGUCUAGUCAGCUGCAGAAUAAAGGCAGUACAGCGGAAGGACUAACUGACAGUAGGUAGAGCACUUGAACGCAGAGCAUUAGUUCCCGGGUGAAAUCCUUGGGGCCAGGCCAAUAAUCAGGGUCAUAUAUAAUAUUAACUCAAGAUAACUGAGAAUUGAAGGUACUUUGAUUACCCUGCAAAUAGUGGGCGUUCUUGUGGCCCGGAUGACCAUGUAAAAAUGGCGGUCUUGUUCCCGUCUCAGUAGGAGACGUAAAAAUAUUGUUUUCAUUUUGUACUUUUCUGUUAAAUACAUUAACAUUCAAGUAUUAAAGCGAGGUUUGCCACUUUUUAGUUUCUUUAAGACUCUAGGCAUCGGUUGCAGCCCUGGAUCAAAAGGCUACGAUCUUCCUCUCUCUGCAUACAUUAGGGUGUAUUCCUAUACAGACAGUUAAUAUGGACUUCAGGCUAGAUGAUGCCAGGAAUCAUCAUCAACUGAACACAGUCUGAACUGAACAUAAGCUUUGAGACAAAUUGUAGAAAAUAAAAUUGCGGCAAAAUUAACCUCAAACCCUGGGUUAACCCUUAGUCAAUGAGAGUUACUGCUAAGAAAGGUGAAACAUUUAUAGGAAAAUCCUUUUUUUUUUCGUAGAGGUCCAAUCAGAAUACAUCGAUGGCGACGAAGCAAAUGAUGAAGACUUGAACAAAGAGGUAGAUAAACAUGUUUCAAAUGAGGUUUACAUCCGAUUCAUUCGUUUGUGUCAUAACGAAGUAUGUAAUUAAUCUAUUCAUAAAAUGAAAACUUCGGAAAUACAAAUUUAAAUGAAGAUACGAUUGUCGCAGUGGUAAUAGCAAUUUAAGCAAUUGCAAAUUAACCAAAAAAAAAAUUGGGGACUCCAACGAGAUUGAAACCCAUGACCUCUGCUUUAACGCUGAAGUGCUCUAUUAACUUAGCUAUGAAGAACCAUACAUUUGGGAGCAGGCCAAGCAGGUUUAUGAACUCAGGAAAUUAGCCUGCUCUCACAAACGGCUGCGACCACUUUUAAAACCAGAAAUUUGACAUAUUCCUUUGUUUUCCGUUCCCCCUAAGCGACCACCCGGAAUUAUCACGUGUGGCUGAAAGAAAACCAUUGGUCGAAUGUUUCUGAAGCUCCCGUAAGCUACCACCUCCUGUUGUUUUACCACGUGGUCGCUUACGAGCUCAUUCCAGUAAGCGACCAGCUCUAGUUACGACCACUUUUUUGAAUUUCCGACGUGGUCGCUUACGAGAGCUUCGACUGUCUUCAUUUCUCAUUUGUGAAUUGCAAUUUUUAAAUUUCUUAAAUUUUAACUGUAAAUUUUCGUUUGACGACGUACAAUCGAACUUCCAUUUGCGACCACCUCUGGUAAGCGACCACUUCCCAAUAAGCGACCACUUAUCUAAAACACCAAGUUUUUUUUUAGACAAAGCCUUAUUUAUUCUUAUAAAUGUUGAAUCAUUGUCUGAUGAGUUUUUUCUUCGACUUCUCCUCAUUCAAAGGCAAGCACACGAGAACUGUGACGGCCUGAAUUUUAAUGAAGUAGGCAAAGUCGUUCAGUCACAUGAACAGUUUAUGGCAGCACAGGGAAGAAACUGAAUUGCCCAAACUUUUUAUCAUCUUUAUCACAACUGAAGUAAUCGCUUUAACUGCUCAUGUAAGAAUUGUAACGAUAAGCUGCUGCUCAUCAGAGAUAUUAGAGAAUAAAAUACCUUAAUUUAACGAAAAAAAAACUAGGAAAUGAUGACCCAGUUUGAGAGGGGCUUAGAGGGAGACAUUGAAUCGAAGACCGGAAAUAAGUUAUAGUGCUUUAAGUCUUGUACACCUAGAUUAUUUGUCAGUGGAUUUAAGUUCCAAGUGGAGUUUCUGUUUGUUGAACUGGCAUCGUAAAGUUGGCUAAUUUAUUAAUGUGCUUAAAACAGGCAAAAUGGCAAUUUUUACAAAGGGGGCAUGUAUCUCGCAGGGAAUUAAACAUUUUUACCUGAUAUGUUGUUACAUAAGUCAACUUACAGUACCUAACAUUUGUGCCAAGUUUAAGCGAAAUCGGUGAUUUGAGCAUUAUGACCCCUGCCUGGUUCUUCCUGGUUUUCUCAUGGACACACUCUUAAAUGCAAUUACCACUGCUCGAUACUUGAGCACAAAACUGCAAAUUUUUGAGAUCAAUCAAUUUUCUGGUAAGCCAUCUCACAUCCCUGAGGGGGCGUUAAUGAAUGUGAUAAUGAUGAUGAUGACGAUGAUGAUGAUGAUGGUGAUGAUGAUGAUGAUGAUGUUGAUGUUGAUGAUUUUUCACUUGCUAUUUUAUAGAUGUUAAAAGCCCUUUGCGCACGGGACGUCAAAAAUAAAACCGCUCUGGAGGUAAAAUACUAUGUUGACUUUGGUCUCAUUUGAUUUAACAUAAAAGCACGGGACGUAUAUCAAACGCAACCAGCUGUCAAAAGUAAUCUUUGGACCACUUUAGUUAAGUAAAACUACGCUUCUUCAGGGAUAUAGAACCGAAUGAAUUGAACCAAGCUUUUAUCCGUUUCGUGUGUUUGCUAAGAUAAGGGAUUGUUCACGAUCUACCCUUUUCAGGAUUGUGAUAAGUGAUGCAUUUUGGUUUGAUUUUAUCAACAGAAGUUCGCAAUAAUAGAUGACAGUCACUACGAUCGGAAUUCUUGCGUUUCAUGAUUUUGACCAGCUCACAACCAAUAUGUUUUGCUUUAUAUUUGCUGGUUCCUAACUUACUAGAUAUUAUUGAACUUUAAAUGUGGUUCCAAUACAAAUAUGUUUUAGCCCUUAGAACUACAGGGAGGAACGAGUGGGUUAGGGUCAUCUCAGAUUUUUUUCAUGCGAGUUUGAACCAGAACUUCUUAGCAGACCAAGAUGGCGGUCAUUUUGAGUGACGUCACAGGUGCCAUGGAACACCAUAGAGCGUAUUCACAUGACUUCACGGCAGCCAUAUUGGUGUUCCAAACAAAUGCUGGGGAAGUUGGACUCUUUUCUUAUGUAAAUUUCUUUUGUUCCCAUAAUUUUGUAUAGACGCUGGUCACGUGCGUGAAUACGCUCUAUACAAAAAAUGACAACCUUGUGGAGCUGGACACGGAUAUAUUGAUUGCAUUUUUACCCUCCCCCUGGUAAUUGCGGGGAGGGGGGGAGGGGUUGACACUACGCCCAAGUGCUAGUACAAGUAGGAACUUUAGUCUGAACUUCAGUUCACAUAUUUUGUUGUGUUUCUUUCGCUCAAAGAAAACAAAAACAAGACCUGAACAAAAAAAACCAAAAUAUAUGUUGUAGUUUAUUUGAAUCCUUAGCGCAAGUUUAUAUUCGACAUAACCAUGCAAAAAAAAAAAAAAAAAAAACCAGAAAAGAAAAAAAUUAAACCAAAGAAGGAAAAAAAAAAAAAAGAGAAAUUGGAAAAAAAAAAAAAAAACAGACCUUGAAAGUAUUAUAUAGGAGGGUUAAAUUCGUAUAAAAAAUUAGAAAAAACAAGAAAAAAAAAAAAAAAAAAAACACCUGAUAAGAAAGAAAUUGAACCAAGGUUGGAAUUGACUAUCAUCGUUUACUUGGUUAUAGUCUGCUACAACAGACCUUGAAAGUAUAAUCAAGAAGGGUGAAAAUCGCACAAACAUUUCUGAUAGAAGACGGAAUAAAAGUAGGGAGCGAACUAUUCAAGAAGUAUUCCUGGCAACUGUGGCUUUUGAGGCAUUUGCAGUAUCAUUUGCUCAGCAUCAUCUCAACCGAACAGCUUUCUUUUUAAACCUGACAAGUGACCAUGUUGGUAAGUCUACAAAUCACUUGCAUUUCUAUUAUUGACAAAAGUAAGCUUGCUUGUUGUACUUCUAUUUGUUUUUAAAAUUCGCUGGGGAAAACACUAUAUGAAAAGUGUUGCAUUCGACGCUAAUCUGAUCACGUAAUUAUACACUUCUAAGUAUACGAAUACUUGAUCAGGAAACAGCACCGAUGAGUUAUUUUAAUUACUUGAUCAGAUUAGCGUUGAAUGCAACUGUUUUCAUAAUAGCAAGCGCGUAAUUGAUGAUUGCGGUGGGAAAUUUUGUAAACUUGAGAGGAGGUACAUUAUAUACUAUAUUAGGUCGGUUCCCGUUUGUGUACCCUUAGGAUACUUAAAAGGAAAAAUCAGGUCCUCAGAGCACCUUAGCCCGGCUAAGAGCACCUUUAAAGUCCGAGUGUCAGAUUCGGAGAUGAUGCAGAAGACAAACCAAACGACAGCUGCUCAAAUCAUCAACAUGCAACAUCGAGGAAGAGAUACUUAGAGCAUCGUUAUAUCUGACACAGCCAAACAGUAGUAACAGUAACAAAACCAAGCUUAAAGAUGUUGAUUAGUCAGGGGCACCCAACGACGGUUUCGUCCUAAAUACAUUGAAAACACUAUUUAAGCUAUCCAGAGUACUUUUAGAUCUUUGGAAAGACAUUCUAGUCGGCGCCAAAAAAUUGAUACCUGUUCGGUCAUCCUAGGGCACUUAGUUUUUUUUCGAAAUUACCAGGGCUUCUAAUCAGUAUUAUUUCCCCGAAAAUUUUAGGUUUCCUUUUUCUGCAAAAAAUAGCAUAAUCUGGGGAGUGAAAUGCGAAACUAUACAAUUGUACAUGAAUGGAACGGUCAUCUAGAAAAUUCUUAGCCUCCCUCAAGGUAUAGAAAAUUGUAAGCAAUUUUUACUUCUCCGGACAGGUAUGUUACAGAACAAUUUCGUUGGGUACCCUUGAUUAGUUAUCCCCCAUAGGUUCGUCCAAUCAGGGGGCGGUUCAGGGAGACUCGAAUUUUUAUUGUGGUGGACUCUAAACGGAAAUUGUUGUCCAAAAAUGUCUUCAAUUUGAUUCCCAAGGAGAUGCCUUGAGGACGCCGUUUUUGCAUUAAAAAUGGUUAUUGUUGUUGCAUAUUCCUUAUCUUUUUUGUUUUUAAAAAAAUGAUCGGCUACAGUCUCUUAAUGCUCGUCGUAGAUUUCAGUAAGUCCCUAUUUAGAUCCACUGUUCUUGAAUUAAACUAAAAGCGAAAUCAGCGUUCUAAAGUUGACGUUCUAAGAGAAAUUCCUUUACAGAACUACAGAUCAGGAAACGCUUCGACGACAAUGAAAGCGACUUUUAUUUCGAAGAGUCUCAAGGGCGGAGCUACAUAAAGAUUCCUUCAGAAGUAUCUGCAAAUGGUAUAAAAAAAAAAUUAAACAUAAAUCACAAGACAGUCAGUCUCAGUAGUGAUGCGCUGGGAUUCUUGGGUUGGUUAAAUAAAAAUCCUUUAACUCAAUUAAAAUUAGUCGCAAAGCGUAAAGAAAUAGAACUUACGAGCGCCAUUUUGAAUGAAUUAUUUUAUCCACUAUUAUUGUACGCCCAGGGAGUGAAAAGGCGCACGUAAGGAUUAAAUUUAUUUAAGUUUCUCUAAUAUGGGCCAUUCUCGUUCAAUUCAAGUAAAGUUUGUUAGCGAUGAGGAAUUGCAAUAUUUGUGUUGAUUUGAGUAAUAAGAGUUGAGUUUAGAUCAUUCUUUGGAGAGACCCACACGAUCACACACGGUCGUUAUCGAACAGAAAUGGUCUGAAUGGAUCACCGUUGCUGCAACCUAUCUCGAGUCCAUUGCGUUCUAUUGAGAUCAUGCUUUACUGUUAGCGUCAUAAUUUUGUAAGUGGAAAUAUUACUUCAACAAAAGAAAAUAAAUAUUAAAAUAUUUGAAAAUGAAGGGUAACUUUGAGACGAUGGGUCUACUUUGCUUACUAUUUGCGUGCUAGUUAAGUGUUUACUGGUCGGUCAUUCGGUAAUACGUUUGUUUCGUAUUGUUUAGGCUCAGUGCUGCUAGGAGUUGUGUACAAAAAUAUCCACAAACUCUUUCCCACAAAUAAACUCAAGGCGAACACAGCUUAUGAGGAAAGGUUAGCCAGGCAUUCAUACCAAUUAUUUAUAUUUGUUUACUUUAUUUCGUUGAUUUUUUUGUUAAACUAGCUUUAGUUAUUUGACGUAAUGCCUUUACACAGCCUGUUAUCAAGCCUUUCCUUUAUAUUGAUCAUAACCACCACUACCAUCAUCAUCAUCAUCAUCAUCAGCAGCAGUAGCAGCAUUACCAUCAUCAUCACCAACACCAGCAUCAUCAUCAUCAUCAUCAUCAUCAUCAUUAUCAUCAUCAUCAACAUCAGCAUCAGCAUCAGUAUCAACAUCAACAUUAGCAUCAUUGUAAUCAUUAUCACACAGCGUUUACAGAUGUUAAGAACCUCGAGAACUGGGCAGCCAACAAUAGGAUGUCUUUGAUUUUAUCAUAAACAUGAGAAAUGCUGUUGCAUCGCAGAACUUCUAAGCCUGCUCCUCCUCCAGUUCCUGGGAUUGGGGGAAAAGAUUGGGUGAAAUUCUUGGGAAUUACUUUCCACAAAGAUCUUUGUAAUUGGGAUGUUCAUAUUGACAGCUUCCUUUCUAGAGCUGUUAGCCGUCAGUAUAUUCUUAGAGUAUGCAAGUAUUAUGGGUACACUAAAGACCAGCUUAGUGCACUAUUCAAGUCCUUGAAAAUGUCAUUAUUUCAGUAUGGAUUAGAAGUAUGGGGAUCUGCCUCUCAAAGCACAUUUUUAGAUCUGAUUGACAACUUCGUAAGGCGUUCCUAUCGUUUUGGCAAUACAAAUAAGAUCUCUUUGAUGUCUGAUGUGAUAAAGAGUAGGGACUGCCACAGUGAUCUGUUCAACAGAAUCACUAGUUACAAAGGUCACGUAUUGUAUGACUUGUUUCGUAAUAAACGCAAUACGGCCUUUAAAGAUAGGGGCCACGACUUCAUACUUCCUAGAGUGAAAACCGAACGUUUUAAUCGGGCUUUUGUAAAUAGAUGCCUUUUUAGAAAUAUUUCUUGAUAUCCUUGUGUAACCUAAUUUUUGUCAUUUUGUGAAAAAUAUAUUUAUUACUGAUUGUAAAGCCACACGUAUGUUGUGUCUGAUGUUUUUUGCCUAACCACACCUGGUUUCAUGCACCUGUGCAUAGCCUUGAGUCGUGGUAGAAUCACCAUUGUUGUUUGAGUGUCAAAUAAAUUUCCAAGCUUUCGCUGAAAUGGUAUUUAAUCUAUCCAAAACGUAAUUGAUGUCCGCUAUUUAACCAAACCCAUACAGUGAUUCUCUGUUACAAGUUUAUUUUAUUUUUUUUCCAGAAGACUGAACACCAUCAUAAUGUCAGGAACAAUUGAUCCGCCGCCUGAUUAUUUGCGGAAAAAUGUGACUUUGGCGUUCUCAAACUUAAAGGUGACCUUUAAGUUUUUCUCUCUUUAACGAUACUACAAAACCAUUGGUUAACCCUUUAAUACUUGACAUUUUGUGUCAUCACGCGGGCGUAUAGCCGUGGGUAUUAUUGACAAUCUUUUCCAUCUUCCUUAUUCGAAGUUCCCAGUUGAAACUUUCAACAAUAAAUAGUCUUGCAGCUAUGUUGUUUAAUCCUUUCUUUAUUUGGCUUAAUCAACAACCGUUAUCCAUGGUCUGUACUCUUACUGGCCGUAGAAAUGACGUCAUGAUGUUCAAAUCAAUGCAAAGUUUUGACUAUUUUGUCAUCAUUUCUACGGUCGAUAAGAGCACAAACCAUGGGAAAUUGUUAUCCACUUGUUUUUUUUAUUAUAACAUUGACAGUUUUGACGUCCAUUUCCGUUGAAGUGUCCGGCUCUGAAAUUCGCGCGCACGAUAAAGAGAACAACAAAUUGCGCCACUAUCACGUCAUUUCCAUCGUCUGUACUCUUACCGAAUAUAGCUCUCGAGCAACUAGCGUAAGAAUUUCGUUCAGCUAUGGUAAAAAUAAUUAUUUUAAGUUUUAGAGAAUGCAUGAGAUCUUUCUAUAUCAUUUUAGGAGGUAACUGGGAAAAGAGUAUGUGCCUUUUGGAACUUAAACCUGUAUUAUAGGUAUGUAUGCCCAGAGUCACUUGCUCGAAUUCAAGGUCUUAGCUGUGGAACACCUCAACAUCCGGCAGUCAAUACAACCUUCUUUCAUUCAGCUCAGUCUAAAACUUCCGAGUUAGUUUUGUAAACUGCAAACUUGCGUUACUAAGCUUUAGUCGUAACUUCAUAUUUUGCACGCAUUAUCCCGCCUCGGAUAGCCUUGGUAUCUGCGGGCAUUGCUUUUGUUAUAUUAUCUGUUUAUUAUUGAAGUUUGUUGUUGUUGUUAUUUUUCUUUGCUCCACCCAACAAAAUUUCUAAGAUGUUAAGAGUAUGACAGUAUAAGAAAGAACUUUGGGAGUAAUUGUCGGUGCUGAGGUAGUUAACGAGCUUAGCUUCAAAUAAUGUGCACAUCAGGUCAAUCGCCAUGAUGUCAGUUAAGAUGCCAAAAUAAAUCUUAAUUUGUGGAAAGUAACACAAAAGAGUUAAAGUUCUUUACUGAUUCAAUUAAAUCUUUUUAGACAUUCCUAACAAACUGUGGUUGACGUAGAAACGUAUGUCAGUCGUAGAGAAAACUCUUUCACUUACAUGUUUCCAGGAUGCAGAAAUUUGGUUUGUACCCAUUUAAGCAUUGAAGAGUUAAAUUUGCAUAAAGUCAGAGAGGGGUUUUUCAAUUUGUCUGGCUUCAAUAGAAAGAAAGCGAUCCGCCCUUUGUGUACUGCCUGACAAUCCAUUCGUAUUUGUAAGGGUAAAGAAAUUCACCGUUUUCACAUAGACCAUAAUGAAGCCUGUUUACCUGACAAAACUUUGCAUAACUAUUGUUUCGAUUUCCCUUGGGACAACGGUAUUACCCUAGAGAAAAUGGAAACAAUGGUAAUGCAAAAUUCUGGAGGGUAAACAAGGUGUAUUAUGGUCUGUGAAAGUAGUGAAUAAGUCCUUUCAAAAUAAAACAAUUAGAAUUAGGUAGAAGGGAUUUUCAAAACUAAAGGGAAAUGUACUUCUUUUCUGUUUUUUUUUUUAGCCCUAUUGGGUGGUCGGGAAGUGGUUGUCAAGUAAAAUGGAUGAGCAAUGACAAAACCGAAUGCAGCUGCAAUCACUUGACUCAUUUUGCGGUUCUGAUGCAGUUUGAUUCGAGUUCUGCAGGGAGCAGUAAAAUCAGAAUAACUAAGGUAAGGCAUUCGUAGAAAAAAUUUGUAACAUUGCCUGUUGAGUAACUCUCAACGCUGCUUCACCUUGUCACCUUCACACUUGUCACGUCAAUUGCGUGAAUCAGGAAAUAGUGCAUUUGCAAUCCAGUCUUUUUACUACUCUCAACAAAAGUCGUUCCUCAGUAAUAUUUUUUUUAUACUUUACUUGCCAAGUCUACCAGCCAUAAUUGCUUUGUGGUUCCAUGUAAGGUAAUCCAAUACAGAUCCACCUUGUGGGUUCCAGAUUCCAGGGACUGGAUUCCUGAUGCUUUCUCAUUGGAAUCUGGAUUCCAAUUUCCAAUCGUUGGCGGAAUUCCGGAUUCCUUUACCUGAAUUCUGGAUUCUGAAGCCCGGGAUUCCAGAUUCCUCAAGCAAAAAUUUCCCGCAUUUGGGAAUCAGGAAUACCUUACAUCAGUGGGGCGAGCUGUCAUUCCAAUUCUUUGCAUUAAAAGAUUUUCUCUGUUCAUUUAUCCUAUACAGGCAGAUGAAAGGAUACUGAACAUUCUCACUUACGUUGGUCUGACGCUGUCCCUCAUUGGAAUAACAUCGACAAUAAUCUGCUACGCUUUUCUUACGUACGUGUUAAUCUUUAAAAUUCCAGUAAAAUCUGUUCAUCUGUUAUACUUCGUCGAUUCAUCAGUUCAUUUUCAUAUUUGUUGAAACAUUUGUCUUGAACAGGGAGCUUGCAACGCCAUUAUCCCAGAUCAGGAUAAGCCUCGUCACUUGUCUAGGAGCAGGACAAAUUAUCUUUCUUACUGGUAUAAACGCGACCAAAAGCAAGGUAUUGGCCGUAUUCACACUAGAGGCGGAUUAUCCGUCUGAGACGGAUAAUCCUUCCUCAAACACAGGAAAAAUUACAGAUUGCCAUUUUUGGAUAUUUUAGGGUAUUUAAAGAAUACCCAUAAAAAUCCCAAAUUUGGCAAAGUGAGACAAGUCCCAACCAGGGAAUUCCCAACCAAGUUCCCUGACUGGGACUUGUCUCACUCUUCCAACUCGUGAUAUUUCAAAAUUGUCUCAAAUUUCACUCGCCUAACGGCUCCUGGAAUUACGUAUAACAAUUUUGAAAUAUCACUCGUGGUAUUUAUGCCAAAUAUCACUACAAAUCAUGCUAUGACCUAUACUAAUACUGACACCCCGUUAAUACGACCACUUUCUAUGGCCCCCCCAAGUGUCCGUGUUAACGGGGUUUGACAGCAUGUGAAUAUGAAUAUGUCCAACUUUGUUCCAGGGCGUCUGUGUAGCAGUAGCAGCUAUGAUUCAGUAUUUCAUCAUGGCCGCUUUCUGUUGGAUGCUGAUCGAGGGAGUUUACCUUUACAUGUUUGUUGUUAAAGUUUACAACGUGAGCAGCAAGAUGAAAAUUUGCCACGGAGUUUCGUGGGGUAGGUUUACUUUGUAGGUGGCAGUUUGGGCGUUUAGUAAUUGAGCAUUUUCAAGGUUUCGAGUCAAUUCUGUACUAGGAGUCUGCUAUAUAUGACUAAAACCUGGUUCUGAUAUGCCGCCGAGGUACCUGCGACAGUACUGCCUACAAUACUACUCCAAAAUAGUAGGAUAUAUCGCCUCCAGUAACAAGAAACAUCGCGGGCCUUUACCGCCGGCACGCUUGCGAAGUCGAAGUCGAGUCAACUUCGCAGGCAUGCCGGCCGUAAAGACUGACAUGGCAUCUGUUGCCGGCGAUUUCUGAUCUCAUAUCGGAACGGUGUCGCGGGCAGUACCGGCAGCUAUAUCGCAGGUAGCUCGGCGGCUUAUGAGAACCAGGCUUAAGAGUUUUCUGAACGCUCUGAUUAAAGCAGCUAUGUCACGCAUGUAUUAAAUUUCUAACAAUGGGAACUACUGCCACUAAAUUAAGUGAAAAUAAAAAUAACCACUCAAACGUGAAAGGAAGGUAUAUAUAAAAUGGACAAACCUGGAGAAGAUUGAAACAGAUUGUAAUUGUGGCUUUUAAAAACUUCUUAGCCUAUAACUUUUUCAAAGUUCAUUUUUGCCGUUUGGGAGAGAUACAUUUCUGACACGAAGGUGGAAUUUUGUCAUUCACGAGUAAUUUCUCAUAGCCUGCGAAUGAGGAUACCUACAAAUUGUAGUUAGCAUUAUUAACAAAAUGAACCAGACAGCCGCAGCACAGUCCCUUUCAAGCAGUACGCAAAAUAUCAAAUUAUGUUAUUUGAUAUUUUUUAUUUUGUAUUUUACUUUCAUACACAGGUAUCCCUGCUGCAAUGGUCGCGUUAUCGCUGUUUAUUGCAGCCAGAAUGGACGGGAUCAAAAGUUUUGUUCAUGAAGAAUAGUAAGAACUGCAUUGGAUAUGUUGAUUUAUUUAUUUAAUCAAUCAAUUAUCUAUUUAUUUACAAACUUCGCCAAGAGGCCUGGAACUCUCACGGAGCAAGCUCCACUCCACUCUAUAUCAGUCUGACUCUAUAUUAUGGUUUGAAAUACCACAUUUCCUCGAAUAAUAGAAGGGGGCGAUAAUUUUCUUUUUCGCACCAAAAGGGGGCGAUUAUUCGAGGGAGGCGAUUUUUUCAAAUAUUACUUGUCUUAGUAAGUAUUUUGUUUUAUUAUCUCAUUAAAUCGAAAAGUAGUCUCAUCGAAUUAACUAAGCGUUGGCUUUCUUUAAGUGUUCCAAAUUUGGUUCCUUGAUUAAUUUUCAGGGUUAAUUGUCAGUGUCAAUAUAAACAUUUAAAUGAAAGCAUUUGUUAUCCAAACGGGUGUCAAUUUAUAGUUUGACAGGGAGAGGAUAAAAGAAAGAGAACAAAGCAAGAGGGGCGAUUAAUCGGAUUAAUCGAGAGAAGCGAUUAAUCGAGGGAGGGCUAUUAUUGGAGGAAAUACAGUAAUUCAACUUUUCUUUAAAGUACAAAAAAAAUCGACGUCGAUCUUUCAAUAGUUAUUGGACAAAUGAUCAUCAAUUUAGCAUUUAAGCCAGUGAAAAGCGGAGAAACAUUUUAAUAAUAGCUCCGGUUGUCUAUAAUGCACAGUAUUUCAGUAUUGUCGGAAUCGUAUUCAAAGAAGCGUUUGGAACAAACAAACACAUUCAGCAAUUUCUCAAUAUUUUGUUGUUUUGUUUCAGUUGCUGGAUGUCUUCUUCUAGUAAUCUGAUUUGGAUAUUCGUGUCAUUUGUCGUAGCAGUGGAAAUAGUAAGUGAAACUUAUUCCCAAGUAUCGGCCAAAAAUUAAGACCUCCAUAAAUUCCUGAUUUCAAGGUUCAUCCAUUGCCUUGUCACUCAAUCCUCGCCUGGGGCUCUGGUGGGUGUAUCCUCACCUUUGCUGAGAUAAUUCUCUCUUGCACCUGCAGUUUCAAAGCUUUAUGUGCUUUAAUUAAAUAAAAGGCCUUACCCCUAAAUGGAUUCGUCAUUUUUUGGUCUCCCAGCGAACUUGACUUCAUACUCAUUCUGUAAAAGGAAGCAUAAGACUUGUUGUAUUCUGUUGUGUGUUGUUCUUAUCCUCACGUUUUUAAGAAAUAAGUGUUUUUUUUUCCAGAUAAACCUUUUUAUCCUGGUACGCGUUAUCAAGGAAAUUACGACAAUGCAACAAGCAAAAGACAACCAUUCUGAACAAAUAAGGUAAUAAGAAUGUUAUUUUAGCAGGAUUUCGUUUAGGCUAAAUAGACGUUCCGUUCUGAUCAGCGCAAGAUUGAAUACUCUGUAAUUUUUGUAGGCUUGGCAUUAGAGCAUGCGUGGUACUUUUGCCUUUACUUGGGGUCACGUGGCUCUUUGGCGCACUUUCUUCAACGCACAAAGCCUUUGUCUACAUUUUCGUCAUCGUCAACUCCACUCAGGUGAAUUAAAUUUUGAUUUUAAACCGUUUUCUGAAUUGUAUAAACUCCAACCCCACUUUACGUUUGUUUAAGUGGUCAGUUGUCUUCGUUUCUGCGGAAAGCCCCUUCAUUUUCUCUAAAUUCCUCCCGCUUAUUACCGAACCAGUCUAAUUGACAGAAUUCUCAAAGACAGUAAAUCUCACUAAUAAGGAAACUUUAUUGUCAACGGUGUUCGGUAAUAUCAUUACUUCUUAUGAAAGUAAAAAAAAAUCUUCGUAUAAUAGUAGCAGACGAGUCAUAAGAUCAAGUCAAGACAUCAAUUCUGACUGUUUUGGCAGCAAUUGAGCUGGCAGAGUACUGUCUUUGAUUAAGAAAUAUGUAAAUGAGCAACUUUCCACGGGCAUUAAGUUCGCGGAAAAAUAACUUUGUGUAAGUUAAAGUUAUGUCUUCUUUGAUGAUUGUAAUAUCCCGUUAUAUUUUCCUUUACUGAAUUUUUAUCCAAUAAACAGUUUAGUUUUUACUUAAGUGACAUGACUGAUAUGGGGACUUUCUGUUGUCGCCUCUGUGUUGGUAUUAACGGGGUUCGACUAAAUUUGUAAUAAUGACUUUUUCAAAACCACAAGACACGUUUGACGAGUAAAUAAUCUUUUCUUGUAGACAUAUUAAAUUCUGCAAGUAGAAUACUGCAAUGCUAACCGUACCACGUGAAAUUAACUCUGCAAGACAUCAACACGACACCGAAAGAACUCAAAACAGAGCGGGAUUGUAGUCAUAGACAGCUGUUUCGCCCUUUUUGGGGCUCGUCAGUAUGGCGCAACAACCAGAGAAAGCUCUGAUGAAAAAUAUCCGCGCACUUUGACUUUAAGCCCUGACCCAGAACUCUUAACACCCACAGAAUCACGUCAUACCGCGUGUCUUCUGGGGGGCAAGAGUCCAAGUGUCAAGUUGAUGUCUCGCAGAGAAAAUAAAGAAUUGGCCAAAACCAACCUAAAAAAAAGCAAGAAUUACAGCAUAUCGGAUCUAUAAAAGAUCUACGGCCCAAAAAUUCAUAAAGUGCAAACAUUAACCACAAAGGACUGCAAAGGACCGCAAACGAAUAUGUCGAAGAACGUAGGAUUUAUAAAGACCUGAUCAGCAAAAAUAAUAAUGUAGACAUAUUAAAUUCUGCAAGCAGAAAACUGCAAUGCUGAUCGUACUACGUUCUUCGGCAUAUUCGUUUGCGGUCCUUUGCAGUCCUUUGUGGUUAAUGUUUGCACAAUCUUUUCUUGUUUUUCAGGGUUUCUUUAUCUUUGUUUUCCAUUGUCUUAGAAACAGUGAGGUAUGUACAACUUUUGGAAUCGAACACCCUUGCAGUAUCGAAUAGCACUAAUCCCUAAAGCCUGGUUUUCACUAGCGCAUAAGCAUAAGCAUAAGCACAAGCAUAAGCACAAGGCCGUGGCCCAAUCAUAGGUCACUUUGACCCAGACCUCAUGCAAACAUAUGAAAAGCCGUAUGACGGACGCUUCGUCCGCCAUCUUGUUUAUCAUUGGGUUGAGGAGAGCUGGUAUCGAAAAUUGAGUCAAAUAUGCCAUUCUGUGCGUGCGUGCGUAAGUACUACAAGUUUUCCCGCGCAAUGAUCGGGUGCCAUUGCCAGAUAAUGACUAGCAACACGCAAGUGAUCGGAGUAGAAAAAUUUUUCACUAAGGUGUCAGUUACACGCUGCGAAAAUUUAAUAUACUUUUAUUACUAUGUUCAUACGUAUUUGAUAAGGGCGUCCACAAUAUAUUGGUAGUAUAUGUCUGUAGGCUAAUUCUUUUAUUGCUCUACAACUGUGAUGGGGAAGAUGACUUAGUAUAGACCUUUUUAAGCUUUUUUAGCUUUUAUGUUUUGUUUUCCCAAAACAGGUUAUGUAAUAAUACCCGAGGGGACUGCUUCUUUCAAAUUUCGUUUAUGUACGCAUAUGAACGCAUGUGCAAAUGUACGACAAAGGGUCAAAUUCCCCUGGGACCUCAAUAGGAAAACAAAACAUAAAAGCUAAGGGGUCUAUUUCCAUGGUAAUCACUUUUUGUCUACAGAUCAGGGAGAGGUUCAAAAAAAGAGUCAGACUGGUUCAUCCAGUUGCAAGUGAUGGCACCAGCGUUUAUAAAAGGCAGUCGGAGAUUAAAGACAGUAGUGGAGCCAUCUUUCUCAGAAAGAUUGAUUUAAAGACAAACAGCACUGGCGCUUUAGACAAAACUACUUUUUGAAUCCCCCA